CAAUAAAUAAAGUAUUAGAAUGAAGGAAAUUACAAACUUACCCUUCCUCAUCUUCUUUAAAUUUGGAAGCACCAACCCAAAGCUCACACCACCACAUCAAACACAAACAUCCAAUAUGUCAUCUUCUUAUCCAUUCACUCUUUCUUUUCUCCAUCUCUUUCUCUUGGUCCAAACACUUUCUUCCCUUUCACAAGCCACUGUUCCUGCCUCAAGCACAUUCAAGUUUGUCAACGCAGGACCAUUUGGAGAUUACAUAGUCGAGUACGACGGGAGUUACCGUACUCUUGAUGUUUUCAGCUCUCCCUUCCAACUUUGCUUCUACAACACCACCCCUAAUGCCUUCACCCUAGCUUUACGUAUGGGCUUGGUCCGGUCUGAGUCUCUCUUCCGUUGGGUGUGGGAAGCCAACCGCGGCAACCCGGUUCGUGAAAACGCAGCCCUAACCUUCGGGACGGACGGAAACCUGGUCCUGGCUGAUGCUGACGGCCGGGUUGCGUGGCAAACUGACACUGCCAACAAAGGGGUGGUUGGCUUCAAGUUGCUUCCAAAUGGUAAUAUGGUCCUUCAUGACUCCAGGGGAAAUUUUGUAUGGCAAAGCUUUGAUUACCCAACUGACACCCUCUUAGUGGGCCAGUCUCUUCGGGUUGGAGGACCCUCCAAACUUGUGAGUCGGGCUUCUGCUCAAGACAACUCAAAUGGGCCUUAUACCUUUGUGUUAGAGCCCAAAAGGAUGGCCAUGUACUAUACGAGCAAUAAUUCCCCUAAGCCAUUGCUCUAUUUUUCAUCUUCUGGAUGGUAUAUUAGCAUUAGCAAGGGUACCAUAGAAAAUGUGACGUUGACUUGUACCCCAGACACCGUUGAGGGUUAUGCCUAUGAUUUAAAUUUAGAAUACUAUGUAACUAACACGUUAGACCGAUCCAUCCCUCUUUUGGCUAGGCCCAAAUACAACAGCACAUUAACGUUGCUCCGGUUGGGGAUUGACGGAAACCUUAGGUUUUACACUUACUAUGACAAGGUGGAUUGGGGUGCAUGGGAGGUGACCUAUGCUCUAUUCGAUAGAGAUAUGGGCCAUGACAGCGAGUGCCAACUGCCGGAGAGGUGUGGAAAGUUUGGGCUUUGUGAGUCCUCCCAAUGUGUUGCUUGCCCACUAUCCCAAGGGUUGAUGGGUUGGAGCAAGGAUUGUGAAGCCUUGAAGGUGUCAUCUACAUCUUGUAGGCAAAAUUAUUUUCACUACUACAAACUUGAAGGGGUUGACCACUUCAUGAGCACCUACACCACGGGAGAUGGACCCAUGAUGUUGGAUGACUGUGGGAAGAAAUGUUCAAAGGACUGCAAUUGUAUGGGCUAUUUCUAUCACCAAGAGACAUCCAGGUGUUGGAUUGCUUAUGAUCUAAUGACCCUUUCUAAAUCUGAAAACUCGACACAUUUGGGUUAUAUAAAGGUGCCAAAUCACUAGUCAAGGCCACUGGUUUUUGUUUCGAAAUUUAGUUCUCAUGUCACCAAUAAAUGGAAUAAUGGUGAGGAAUUUUCCAUUCUAUUCUUUUUUCUUUUUUCUUUUCACUUUCACGAAGUGUCUUUCUUCCAACUUUUGACCUGAAUUUGAGUAAUAAAUUGUUGCGUGGAUCACCACAAGUUUUUGUA